AUGCCGGACGAUCAGUUGAAAGUGAUAAUGGUCUAUAUGCCAAAAGAUAUGGAGAACAAUGCAAUAAACUGGUUCACUGAAGCAUAUUCAACAUAUUCAAAAUAUAAAGAUAUAGCUGAUUAUUUAAAACAAAAAUUUGAUCAUAUUUAUGGACGAAAUUGGCAAUGUAUAAUUGGACAUGAUUUUGAAAGUUCAAUUACUCAUUUGGAUAGUAAUCUGAUCUAUUUUCAUUCAAAAGGCUUGGAGGUAUUAUUGUUCAAAACAGCAACUUAG